AUGACAGCAACACGCGCUAAGCUCAGGAAUGAUGAACUGAGUUCCCUCCAGCAAGCUCCAUCGGAAUCUGUGGUAGAACCCUCUUCAUUCUGGCGGAUACGAAGAGCACUCUCAAGUCUCGACAGCCGACGACUGACCCGCAAGGACGUCCCACUACAAGACCUGAGGGGUAAAUGGGUGAUUGCCUCAGGCUCUAACAGCGGUAUCGGACGUGAAGCUGCGCUCUCCUUCGCUCAAUGCGGGGCCAGUAUUAUUCUUGCCUGUCGGAAUCCACCGCCCCAUGAGGAGAAUCCUGCGGUCGUUGUUACUGAAUGCAAUGUAGCCAGUCAAGCGGCUGGACACGAAGAUGCUGUGAUCGAGUGGUGGGAAACCGAUAUGACCAAAUUAUCCACUGUGAAUGCAUUUGCCACUCGCUGGCUGGAGACAGGCCGUUCAUUGGAUAUCCUCUGCAAUAAUGCUGGCAUUGGCGGGAAUCCCGGUGAUGGAAAGGGAGGAAUAUUGAAGACAGAGGAUGGGUUCGAAAUUGUUCACCAAGUUAACUUUCUUUCUCAUUGCCUACUGACACUACGACUUUUACAAUCACUGGCUAAAGCGGCGGAGCCGAGAGUGGUCUUUACCACAUCCUGUAACAUGUUCUUCGGUACAUUUGAUUUGAACAAGUUCAACGGUGAAGGCUGCAGUGGCGAGGACUUUUACUGCAACAACAAACUAUUUCUCCAAGUCUGGUUGACGGAGCUCCAACUUCGACUUUCGGCAUCUGAGCACUACAGUCAUAUAAUGGUCAAUGGCGUACAUCCUGGAUGCACCAACACAAACAUGUGGCACAUCGAUAGAGAACCGGGUUGGGUCAAUUGGAUGCGCUAUCUUUCGGAGUCCUUGCUAGUGAAGACGCUAGUAAGCCUAUUUGGGAUUUCUGCCGAGCAGGGAAGCUACGCCAUUAUCCAUGCAGCCACCAUAACAUGGAGUGGAUCCGGGAUCAAUGCCCAACAAGCAAAGGAUAAUGCCGGGUGCCACGGGGGCAAAUAUUUUAAUCGGAUCUGGGAAACUGAGCCUAUGCCUUAUUGCCAUGAUCCAGGAUCACGCCUUCUUGUCUGGAAAAAAGUCCUGGAGGAGCUUGAUUUUGUUUGGAAGCAUUCUCUAGAUACCUUUUAG